AUGCUUUGCUCGUCGAUGUGGUUCAUGUUUGCUUUACUGUUUAGCUUUUAUUUGCGUUCUGUUCGUCCUGUUUCGAUGAUCAAAUUUACGAAUAUUAAGUGCGUAACGCUGGAUAAACCAUUUGCUGAUUUCGGCUAUUGUAAGCUCAAAGCUUUGUCCCGCGAUGACGUCGCUCUUUCGUUGCGCGUCAACCUCUUCGAAUUGCCAGUGAAUAACGUUAGCUUAAAUGUGGAAGUGUUCAAACGAUUUAAUGGUUAUCGACCCUUCUUAUUCAACAAAACACUAAAUUUUUGUGACUUUUUACGCCAUAAAAAACGUGUCGGUGUCUUGGAUAUAGUCUUCAAAUUCUUGGAAACUUAUUCAAAUAUCAACCACACCUGUCCUUAUAAUAAUGAUAUUAUCGUCGAUCGUCUUAUUUUAAAACCAAACUAUUUUGCCUUGUUGCCACUGCCAGCGGGGGAAUAUCGCAUAAAAGUAACAGUUGGUGCUUAUAAUGAUUGGAAAGCAAUUGUUAAUGUAUUUCUACAAACUUCGGAAUAA